AUGGAUUCUGUGGAUUUUAGUGACAACGAGGAUAUUCCAGAAGUUUCCUUAACACAGGACAUUCAGCCAUACCAGUAUGAGCCAGACUGCACCGAUUUAGAGGUUAUAAGAGAAUCUGAAUCGUUUGAGUUGGAUGUUAGUGACGACGAACAGGGUCAGGAAACCGGCAGUAUGGCUUGCGUCAAUGCAGAUGGGCAUUUCAUUUUGUUUACGUUGAUUGAAAGCUUUAAGAUACUUUGCACAAUUACCACCUCUGGUAUCUGUCUUUCCAACUUUUAUUUAGCUGGUGGAACGGAAGUGGUGUAUGGAUUUCUGGCAGGCGCUAAUACCAAUGUAGCAAACUAUAUGUUUGAUGUCGAAGGAUCGAUUCCAUUAAAAAUUACAGCAUCUGUCAUCAGGGACGGUAGCGAUUGUUGGCCUGUGCGUGCCAAUUUUAUACCCGAGGCUAGUAUAGCAAGUGGAGAUGGACAAAGUGGUGUUAUGUACAACUUUGACUUGCUGGACACGUCACGAGGUAUUCGGAAUCCGUCUGUUUUCAAACCUCCACCCCAAUGUAACGGAUAUCCAUUUACAAAGAAAUAUAUCCAUAAAAUCGAUCCUUUUCGAUUCAUUUUACAUCAAUUUGGAUUACAUUAGUAAAGGCAAGCAGCAUGAAUUUGUACCGCAAGAUCUUGUUGUACAUUUAUGUAAAUUAAACAUUAAUUAAUUUAAUUUACUUGUUUUGAAUGCUAUUGGACAUAAUUAAGUAAUAAAAUGUU